AUGGGGAGAGACUGCCUUUACUGGAAUGUGAACCGUACUAAGAGAACACACAGCAGCCGACCUGCUCUGCAGCAUCACCCUUUCAGUUUAGGUGAUCUGUGCCAUGAAGUGACAUACCUAGCUCCCUCAGUGACGGCUUCUUCCACGCAGGUGGCAUGCAAGACAAAUUACGUUACACGGUCGCUGGCCGAAUCCCAGCCUCGGUUUUCAAGGCUGGUAACGUGCCGUGUUUUUUCUUACCCGUAGGACGUCAGUGCUCUGCUCGUGAUGAUGGAUAUCCAUCCCGGAGAUACCGUUUUGGAAGCUGGCAGCGGGACUGGUGCUAUGAGCUUGUUUCUGUCGAGAGCAGUUGGGCCCAAAGGACGUGUUAUAAGUUAUGAAAUCAGAGACGAUCAUCAUAAUUUAGCUAAGAAAAAUUACAGGCACUGGCGUGCUGCAUGGGAAAUAGGACAUGUGGAGGAGUGGCCAGAUAACGUGGAUUUCAUUCUUAAAGACAUUUCAAAAGCUGCUGAGGAUAUGAAAUCUUUAACAUGUGACGCAAUAGUUCUGGAUAUGCUUAACCCACAGUCUGCUCUGCCUGUUGUACACCCAAGCCUGAAACAGGGUGGUGUCUGUGCUGUGUAUUUAGCAAACAUCACACAGGUUAUUGGCCUUUUAGACAGAAUACGGACCUGCAGGCUCCCUUUUUUGUGUGAAAAGAUCAUUGAGGUAACUCAUAGAAAUUGGUUGGUACUCCCUGCUAAAAUUAAGAAUUGCAAUUCAAACAAAAUGGUGGAGACUGAAGAAAAUACUGAAGAACCACUUCAAAAGGAAUACAAAGAAAGCCACAUUGAGGAUCAAGUAGUUCUCGGAGAAUACAAUGAAUCACUUUCUAAUGAUGCUGAAACAUACUCCUCCGUGCCUUACGUUGCUAGACCAUCUUACCAGCAGGAGGCUCAUUCAGCAUUCCUUACCAAGCUGAGAAAGUUUGGACCACUUCUUUCUUGA